AUGGACCUCGUCGUUCUCUGUGUAUUCCUGCCUCUGGUGACUGUGGCAUGGGGCCAGUAUGGUGACUAUUACUAUGGCCCCUAUAACUAUGGAGAUAAUGAUGAAUGGGUCAAUGUGUACCGCCAGGGUUUCAACUUCCAGUGCCCACAUGGGCAGGUGAUUGUGGCCGUCAGGAGUGUUUUCAGCAAGAAGGAAGGCUCCGACAGACUGUGGAACUACGCCUGCAUGCCAGCAGCCCAGAGCCUCGGUGAGCCGACAGAGUGCUGGUGGGAGGAGAUCAACAGGGCAGGAACCGAAUGGUAUCAAACCUGCUCGAACAAUGGGCUGGUGGCUGGUUUCCAGAGUCAGUACUUUCCAUCUGUGCUUGACCGUGAAUGGCAAUUUUACUGCUGUCGCUAUAGCCGGAGGUGCCCAUAUUCAUGCUGGUUAACAACAGAAUAUCCAGGACACUAUGGAGAAGAUAUGGACAUGAUGAUGUAUACUUAUGACCAUUACAUACGUGGAGCAACCACAACUUUCUCUGCUGUGGACAGGGAUCGUCAGUGGAAAUUCAUUGUCUGCAGGAUGACAGAGUAUGACUGCCCAUUUCAAAACGUUUAA